GCAAAAGAAGUUCAGAUGCGCCUUUCGUUUCUCUGAUUCUUCUACAACAAAGCUGCUCUGGUACCCUGUCCGCUGGUCGCUGCCCUCAGGACCAUUUCCUCUCCGGACUUGAAAGGGAUCCUCUUUUCCCUUCACGCUCGUUGCGAUUCGCUUUCGCCUUCGUUUUUGUUUCUUUUCUCACGGGCCUUUUUGCGGACCCCGUAUCUCUCGUUAUCGGCAACUUUCCGGCGUAUCUGGGGUUAAAACGGUCAGUCGCGGCCACAGCAGUUAUUAAUUUCUAAUAGCCGUUCUGGAAUACAACGAAAUCCUGUCUUUCUUUCUUCGAGUGCCAUCAAGACUCUUCCGCGACACAUGUUGGGUUUGUAGAAGAACCAGCUCAAGUGGUCGUAUACGAUGAAGUGGGGGUUAGCCGCUGUCGGGCUCGCCCUCUUCGCGGCGACGUCUAAGGGCUGGCCAUAUGAUGAGAAUUGGGUCGAGUACAAUCUGAAUAAGAACCAGACGGCAACAGACCCGGUGUACUAUUGGGGAGAAUGGGAAAACCACACUUUCUUCCCUUCGCCAGACAACUGGCGGUUCCCCGUCUACACACUGUUCAUCGAUCGAUUUGUUAAUGGCGACCCCACGAAUGACAACAUCAAUGGGACUUCCUUCGAGCAUGAUCUCAAUUCCAAUCAGAUGCGUCACGGAGGAGAUGCAGUUGGUCUGGUAGAUACGCUGGACUAUCUCCAAGGAAUGGGAAUCAAGGCUAUCUACCUGGCGGGAACGAUAUUGAUCAACCAGCCUUGGGGAUCAGACGGUUACUCGGCACUGGACACGACUCUUAUCGACCAACACUACGGAGACAUUCAAACGUGGCGCAAUGCUAUCACUGAAAUCCACAACAGAGGCAUGUACGUUAUCUUUGAUAACACAAUUGCAACUCUCGGUGACUUAGUUGGCUUCGAAGGCUACUUGAACACCACGACACCAUUCUCCGUUAAGGAGCACAAGGUUCAAUGGAAGAGCGACCGCCACUACGUUGACUUCCACUUUGGUAAUUCCUACAAUGAGACCUGCGACUACCCUCGGUUUUGGUACGAAAACGGUUACCAGGUUGAUCCCUCUGUGUACCAGGAGUUAAAAGGCUGCUACGACAGCGAGUUCGAUCAAUAUGGCGAUGUCGAAGCCUUCGGUGUGUUUCCGGAUUGGCAACGUGAGCUUGCCAAAUUUGCGUCCGUGCAAGAUCGGCUACGAGAAUGGAUCCCUAGCGUGAGAGCUAAGAUCAUGAGGCACUCCUGUAUGAUUAUCGCAUCACUUGAUAUCGACGGCUUCCGGUAUGAUAAAGCUACGCAAGCUACCGUGGACGCUCUUGGCGACAUCUCUGGAUCCUAUCGGGAAUGUGCUCGUCGGUAUGGCAAGAACAACUUCUUCUUGCCCGGUGAAAUUACGGGUGGAAAUACCUUCGGAGCAAUCUACUUGGGACGCGGACGGCAACCCAAUCAGCUACCCUCUCUCGAAGAAGCUAUAACAAGUACAAAUAGCUCUCCUCAACAAUAUUUCAUUCGCGAACAGGGGCAGAAUGCCCUUGACGCUGCCGCAUUCCACUAUUCGAUCUAUCGAUCCAUGACUCGAUUCCUGGGCAUGGACGGAAAUUUGGAAGCUGGAUACGAUACUCCGGUCGACUGGGUUGAUGCUUGGAACGAGAUGUUGAUAACAAAUGAUUUUGUCAACGCGAAUACUGGAAAAUACGAUCCUCGUCAUAUGUAUGGUGCCACCAACCAGGACGUCUUCCGUUGGCCGGCGAUCGCCAACGGAACCGAACGACAGCUCCUUGCUCUGUUUGUGACCACUCUUCAUCUGCCCGGCAUCCCUCUAGUCCUAUGGGGAGAAGAGCAAGCGUUUUACGUCCUAGAUGCCACGGCAAACAACUAUAUUUAUGGAAGACAGGCGAUGUCUCCGGCCACAGCAUGGAAGACGCACGGUUGUUUCAGUCUGAAUUCCACUCAGUACUACAAAUUUCCCGUCGGCGACGCCGCCAAUGGUUGCAACGAUGAGACUGUCACGUACGAUCACCGGGACCCUUCGCAUCCCGUCCGAAACAUCAUGAAGCAUAUGUUCCAGAUGCGCGAGGCCUUCCCCGUGCUCAAUGACGGAUGGAGGUUACUGAACCUUUCGAAACAGACAACGGACGUCUACUACCCCGGUUCUCAAGGUACCCCAACGGAGACUGGUAUGUGGUCCGUUCUUCGUGCCGGAUUCGAGGGCGUUCAAAAUUUCACAAGCGACGAUUAUGUCUGGCUGGUGUAUCAGAACACAAACCGAACAAUCAACUAUAAGUUCGACUGCGGCGAUGAUAGCAAGGCUAUUAUCGCCCCCUUUGCGAGUGGAACCACCGUCAAGAACCUGUUCUAUCCUUUCGACGAGAUUACCUUGGAAGACGGUCCUAAAAACCUUUCCUUCAUAGGUGGUAAUGGAACCGCUGGCUGCGUCGAUACCAUGUCGAUGAGGGGAUGGGAGUUCCGCGCAUAUGUCGACAAGGAAGACUGGGUAGGACCACGGCCUAUGAUCACAAAAUUCUCUCCCGGCCAUGACGCCCGCAUCCUCUCAACAGUUGCCCCGAAUGAAUUUGAAUCUAUCAAUGUCACCAUCUGGUUCUCUACGGAAAUGGACUGCGACUCGGUAACCAAAUCCAUCUCGUUCAACUCCUCUACUGAAAGCGGAAAGACGGCUUCUUUGGGAGGAACUCCUAGGUGCUCAUCUAUCCCUCCCGAAACCCAGACACAGAUGGUUGGUGAGAUUGCCAGCACUUGGUACUGGACUGCAGAGGUGCAAAAUGUUUACAAUGGUAUCCACCGGUUGACUGUCAACAAUCCUAAAACCAGCGAUGGAAGCGGCAAUACUUCGGCGGUUGACCACUUCCUAUUCAGAGUGGGCCAGAUCGACAACCCGAUGAUAUUCAACUUCGCCAACUACUCCAGCAGCUUGCUUCACAAGAAUCCUGAUGGCUCUUUAUUCAUUCAGCAUCACGCCGCUGGAGCUGAUCUUUACCGCUACUCUACCAAUUGGGGUACCACUUUCUCUGAUUGGAUAACCUACAAGGGCGGCAAUGAUACGAUCAUUGAACAACCCUGGUCAGGCACGGACCUUCAGAAAUGGCCGGGCAAACACGUUCGCGUGGAGUAUUGGAAUAGGUUGUCGGGUAGUAGCGACUACGUCCAACAGGGUGAUCUCGAUUACGACAAGAACGUGCCUCGAAGAUUCCCACACAUGUUCUGGAACGGCCCUUAUAACCAGUAUGGCUAUGACGCUGGUCUCAAGAAUGACUUCAAAAUGGGGGACGACGGCCAAUGGACCAUCAAAUUCAUGGCUGAGUGGCCCGCCAGCGGCCAGGUUAACGUCUGGGGCAUCAACCCCGACGGCAAACCUGACCAGACUGGUGUCUACGGAGAUGCUGACAACGAUGGUGUCCUGGACCGACUCCCACCCUCGUCGCUGUCCGCUGUCUUGGUCAAUAUCACUGAACACCCUCCGCAUCCUUACCUGUCUUGGCAGGUAUCAGUGGACGAUGGUAAUCUGCGCUUCCGUCUGUUCCCAAUGGGAUCGAUGUACGCUCAACUGGCCCUCUACAUCUUGCUCUGGAUCAUCCCCGUCCUAACAGCCGUCACUGGUAUCUGGGUUUUCAUGAAAUCCUUCUACCAAGUCAAGUUCAACCAGGUCGGUGUCACUGAUAAAAAGGCCAUCAUUCCGCUUGCUCUCCGACGCAAGCUGAAGAGACGUCAUCUGGAAGAUGGCGAGUCUAUGAACCCAUUGAUGAAGUUGGCGAACAAAUCCGGGUUCCUCCAGACUAGCUCCGCAUUUGUCCCUGCAAAGGGUGACAAGCGCCGCAUGGUUUUGAUCGCUACCAUGGAAUACGAUAUCGAGGACUGGGCCAUCAAAAUCAAGAUCGGUGGUCUCGGUGUCAUGGCUCAACUGAUGGGCAAGAAUCUUGGACAUCAGGAUCUGAUUUGGGUCGUGCCGUGCGUUGGUGGAGUCGACUACCCCGAAGACCAGCGGGCGGAGCCAAUGUUCGUGACUGUCCUAGGAAACUCGUACGAAGUCAAGGUUCAAUAUCACGUCUUGAGAAAUAUCACUUAUGUGCUGCUUGACGCCCCCGUCUUCCGCCAGCAAUCGAAGACUGAGCCUUACCCAGCCCGUAUGGACGACUUGGAUAGUGCCAUUUACUACUCUGCUUGGAAUCAGUGUAUCGCUCUCGCAAUCAAGCGUUUCCCCAUUGAUCUGUACCAUAUCAACGACUACCACGGCUCGAUCGCUCCUCUGUACCUUCUACCGCAGACUGUUCCAGCCUGUCUGUCAUUGCAUAAUGCUGAAUUCCAAGGAUUGUGGCCUAUGCGUACGCAAAAGGAAAGGGAAGAGGUUUGCUCCGUGUUCAACUUAGAUCCAGAGGUUGCUACAAAAUAUGUCCAGUUCGGUGAGGUUUUCAACCUUCUUCACGCAGGUGCUAGUUACCUCCGUGUCCACCAGCAAGGCUUUGGUGCAGUCGGUGUCUCCAAGAAAUAUGGAAAACGUUCCUACGCUCGUUAUCCUAUCUUCUGGGGUCUUAAGAAGGUCGGAAACCUCCCGAAUCCUGACCCGUCUGAUACCGGUGAAUGGAACAAGGAGAUGCCAAAAGAAACCGACAUCCGUGUUGACCCCGAAUUUGAAACCAACAGGAAAGAACUCAAGCGCCAAGCCCAAGAAUGGGCCGGACUGGAGCAGAACCCCGAUGCAGACCUCCUGGUAUUUGUUGGAAGAUGGUCUAUGCAAAAGGGUAUUGACCUUAUUGCUGACGUCUUCCCGGCUGUCCUUGAUGCUCGUCCCAAUGUCCAGUUGAUUUGUGUUGGUCCAGUUAUCGAUCUCUACGGAAAGUUCGCUGCCUUGAAGUUGGACCGUAUGAUGAAGCUAUAUCCAGGCCGUGUCUUUUCAAGACCAGAGUUUACUGCUUUGCCUCCGUAUAUCUUCUCCGGUGCGGAGUUCGCCCUGAUUCCCUCUCGUGACGAACCUUUCGGUCUGGUUGCUGUCGAAUUCGGUCGUAAAGGUGCCCUGGGUAUCGGUGCUCGUGUGGGUGGCCUGGGCCAAAUGCCUGGCUGGUGGUAUACCGUCGAAUCGACAACUACGUCGCAUCUUCUGCAUCAGUUCAAGCUUGCCAUUGACAGCGCGUUGAACUCCAAGCAAGAAGUCAGAGCGCAGAUGCGUGCUAGAUCAGCGAAACAACGGUUCCCGGUUGCUCAGUGGGUCGAAGAUCUGGAGAUUCUCCAGAGCACUGCAAUUCGCAUUCAUCACAAGGAACUGGCAAAGUCUAAGGGCGAACCACUGACACCUUCUGGCUAUAACACCCCCAGUGGCAUGAUGACCCCUCCCAUUGGUCCUGGGUAUAUGACGCCUACGGGCACGCAGACUCCUCCUCUCAGCCACUCCAGAAACUCGAGUUACUCCAACAUACACCGCCUGAGCGCUCUGGGUCCGCAGCAAAGAAAUACAAUCGUCUACAGCAGAGAUCUCAGCCCUGGUGCCGACGAAAAACCGAAAUCAGGAUUGAGUCGCCAGCUUUCCCUUGGUGUCCGCUCAGGGCCUGGCCAUUCUUCUGAACGUCGCGGCCGUAGGACAAUUCGGAGGAGCGGCAUCCCGGAGAAUGAGGAAGGUGUGGGCGUUGCCGUGACAGAAGAUGUCGAAGACAGCGACGACGAUAUGGUUCAUAGCUUCUACGGCGAUGAUGAGUAUACCUUGACCCCGGAGCAAGCUGAAGCCGGUCGAAGGAUGGAGAGUAACCAUCAACAAAUCUCUCAUGGCUCGUUGGCACCUCAGAGCAGGGACUUCCUGUCGCCCCGUCAAUCGAGCUUCGGCUCUCUGCAUCCUAGAUCGCCUGGGUCACCCACAGCUUCGUCCCCGGGAGCUGACGAUACGCUUCUGCCCCCGAUACGGCCUUUUGCUGAACCCGGAAACCGCCUGAGCAGUGCCUCCGUGUUGUCAUUGGAUUCAGUCGUCGGUGACAAGAAGGAUUUCAAGUUGCAGAAAGUCGAUCCUUUCUUCACUGAUAGCACCGGCGAAUUCUACAGGCUGUUCGAGAAGCGAUUGGAAGAUUUGAACGGCUCCAACUCCGAGUCGCAAUUGUGCAUUGAAGAGUACCUGGUCAAGAGUGAAAAGAAAUGGUUCGAUAGAUUCAGAGAUGCGAGACUGGGCCGCAACCAGUCGCCUGCGCCUUCUAUCUUUCGCGGGAAACGCGGCAAUUCCCCGGUCGGUUCUGUUUAUAAUGACGAGGACUCCCACGGUAGCAGCCCCAGCGAGGUCAACAAGGAAGCAGAUGAAUUCUUGCUGGGGAGGGACUACGUCCCGCCAACGGGCCUGAAGAAGUGGAUGCAGAUUCGCAUUGGAGACUGGCCUGUCUAUUCGCUCUUCCUCGGUCUUGGUCAGAUCAUCGCUGCCAAUUCCUACCAGAUUACGCUACUCACCGGUGAAGUUGGUGAAACGGCUGACAAGCUCUACGGAAUUGCGACGACGUAUCUGAUCGCCUCGAUUAUUUGGUGGUUCAUCUUCCGACGAUUCAAGUCUGUCGUGUGUCUCUCUCUUCCUUGGUUAUUUUAUGGUCUCGCUUUCAUCUUCAUCGGUGUCGCUCACUUCGAGAGCAACAAAUUCAGCCGUGGAUGGAUUCAGAACGUUGGUACCGGUCUGUAUGCAGUUGCCUCUUCGAGUGGUUCUAUCUUCUUUGCGCUCAACUUCGGUGAUGAGAGCGGUGCCCCCGUCAAAGACUGGGUUUUCCGUGCAUGUGUGAUUCAGGGUACUCAGCAGGCCUACAUUGUCGGACUCUGGUACUGGGGUUCGUCCUUGACGAAGCAAUCACAGGCGGGUGUUAUUGACAGCCAACCGAUCUCCAACAGCUGGAAGAUGACUGCUAUUACGUUCCCUAUCGCAGCCUUCCUCUGGGCAAUUGGACUCCUUUUGGCCUUUGGCUUGCCAAAUUACUACCGCCAGACACCUGGAAAGGUGCCCUCGUUCUACAAGUCUUUGUUCCGUCGGAAGAUCGUCCUCUGGUUCUUCGUCACCGUCAUUAUCCAGAACUUCUUCCUCAGUGCACCGUACGGUAGAAACUGGAACUUCCUGUGGAGUUCCAACCAUGCAAAGGCCUGGCAGAUCGUUCUCCUGGUCAUUUUGUUCUUCGGAUUUGUUUGGGCUGGUAUGCUAUACAUUCUGAGUGUCCUGUCCAAGGAUCACAGCUGGAUCCUCCCCGUGUUUGCCAUUGGUCUUGGUGCUCCCCGCUGGGCUCAGAUCUGGUGGGGUACCUCGGGCAUCGGUCUCUAUCUUCCAUGGGCUGGUAGCUAUGUAUCUGGAGCGCUGGUGUCACGAUCUUUGUGGCUCUGGCUUGGAUGUCUGGAUUCCAUGCAGGGUGUAGGAUUCGGAAUGAUCCUUCUGCAAACGCUGACUCGUUUCCACAUCUGCUUUACGCUUCUCGCCGCUCAAGUACUGGGUUCCAUCGCUACGAUCUGUGCGAGGGGCUUCGCUCCAAACAAGAUUGGACCGGGAGACAUCUCCCCUGAUAUCUCAGGCGGCGUCAGCGCCAUCUGGACAGCCUGGUUCUGGAUCACUCUGUUCCUCCAGCUUCUGAUCUGUGGUGGUUUCUUCCUCUUCUUCCGCAAGGAACAGCUUAGCAAACCCUAAACGGGCUACCUUAUCGGUGUGCCUUCGACGGUUCUUUCGAUACCCGCUUCUACACCGCCAGCAUACGCCCUCCCGUCGUCGGCUCUUUUCUCGCUAUGAUA